UUGGAUGCGCCGAUCGUUUGAAUGCUCUACUAUUCUAGCCACCCAAUGCAGCACGUCCUCGUACCGCAGGUGCAGGCUUGAUGAAACAGAUGCUGGCAAAUCCUUGGCAAAUUGCUCCUGCCUUCAUCACUACCCUGUUCAUCGCAACAAGCCUCGCCAACCCGUGCAUCACGCCUUUACGUGUUCCCUACUGCCGUGACACAAACCUAGCGCUUGAACCAUUUAUCGCACUCCCUGUACUCCCCGCUUCGCCACCUUCCUUCCAUGGGGGAUCCGACUUCCAAGUAUUUGUGGGAACGACAGAUACAUGUCAAAACGGCACUUUCUUCUGUCCUCCCAAUUGGCGUUGUACCGAUGGGGUGCUCAGAUGGCAGUGGGUGUUGUCAGCAUGGUUAUUACUGCUCUGGGGCUGCAUCCCAAAUGGCGGAGUGCCUUGUGGGACCGGUCAUUAUUGCAACCCAGGCAAUUAUUGUUAUCCAAAUGGUUGCAUUCCGAACGGUGGGACUCCUUGUGGUACUGGUCAUUAUUCCACACCUACCACCACACUACUUUUGCAGCUUUUCCAUCGUUGCCGCAGCUUCGGCGGCCUCUGCCUCUGCCGCCUCCACCGCCUCUUCCACCUCUACCAGAACUUCAGCAUGUGGUCCUAUGCUCAACUAUCCAGAUUUGACGAUCUUUUUCGGGGCAGUAACCGUACCGGCUCUUUCUCUGAUUUGGCUAUGAGAUCGUCGAGUAUUGUCAUUCUUGUAUUACUCUCAGUCUUGUGAUCUGGGCUUGGAGUUUUGAACAACGGACCGGGCAUCCCACAUUUGAUUCGUUGUAUGAUUAUGAUGUACAUCUCCCCUGAAACCAACAUUCACGUUAAUAAAGGCUUCAAAUGUAAUUCCGCUCUGAGGCUAUGGUUGUUCAAGGGAGGGCGCCCUCAAGGGCCUCGAUCGAGCUCUGCUUUGAUGUCCACAAAGGAACGGUCACACAGUUCCAUGUGGACAACACG